GGUGUAUUCGACUUAGUCCCCGUGGAAAGGUUGGUUGUGGAUGAGGCUUCGCAGAUAGACACCUUUGAAUUCAUGCAUCUCUUCCACAAGUUUAAAGAAUUACAGAAAAUAUGCUUCUUUGGGGAUCCGAAGCAGCUUCCGCCAUACGGCAAGGAAGCGGCACCUAGAAUUCAAACCAUCUUUGACUUCAAACAUAUCAAACCCGCGGCAUUUUUCCUUGAGACACAAUACCGUAUGCCCAUACCUGUGGGCGACUUCAUCUCUAAACAUGUCUACAACUCGAAACUACGCUCUGAUCAUCGAAUCACGGUCAUGUCAUGUGUGAAGUUCGUGAACGUCUCCAAAGGAGAAGAGACGAAGGUCGGAUCGAGUUGGAUGAAUAUGGAGGAAGUGCACGCCGUCAUGAAUCUUGUUCGGUACUACUACAAGACUAAAGACUUCUGCGUUAUCACACCCUACGACGCACAGAGGGGUGCCAUCCAAAAGUCUCUAAAGGCGGCAGAUCUUCCAUGGGAUAUGGUCUACAACGUGGACAGUUUUCAAGGUACGUCCGCGACCAAUAUUGCUGUU